AUGGCACUGGACGACAACGAGGCGCAGAAGCAAAUCCAGCAGAUGGUGAACUUCAUCCUUAACGAGGCCAAGGACAAGGCACACGAAAUCGAGGCCAAGGCACUGGAAGACUUCAACAUAGAGAAGCUACGUAUUGUUCAAAAAAUGAAAGAAAAAAUAAGAUUGGAAUUCCAGAAGAAGUCCAAACAGAUGGAAAUAAAAAGGUCCAUCAGUAGAUCCUCCGCCAUCAACAAAGCUCGUUUAAAAAAAAUGUGUGCCAAGGAUCAAGUCUUCAAGGAAAUAUAUAAAAUAAGCAGUGAACGACUGGGGGAAUUGUACAAGGAUAAGGACAAAUACAGGAAUUUGAUCAUCGACCUCAUUGUCCAGUCACUCUUCUACAUGCAGGAACCCCAUGUCAUAGUCCGCUGCAGGAAUGUAGAUAAGUCCAUCGUAGAAAACUGCCUUAAUGAUGCUGUACAAAAAUAUAAUGAUAAGUUGAAGAAGAAGUUCAACGUUACCAAGAGUGUUAAAAUUGAAGUCGAUAAGAGUGGGAACUAUUUGCCUCCUCCUCCCUCCAGUGAUAAUGAGGGCAACUCCUGCCUCGGUGGAAUAAUCCUCACCACCCCUAAUAGGAAAAUAAACUGUGAUAAUACUCUCGAUGUCCGUUUGAAGCUUGCCAUUGAGUACUGCACACCCGAAAUUAAACGCAUGUUUUUUGAGACACUCUGA